AUGCAUGGGUUUUGCGACGCCAGUCAGGACGCGUAUGGCGCAUGUAUUUAUCUGCGUUCGCGAUUGCCUGGCGGUGUUUUUCGAGUCGAGCUGCUGUGCUCCAAGUCUCGUGUGGCCCCCUUGAAGGCCAUCUCACUGCCUCGACUGGAGCUGAGUGCAGCCUUACUGCUUGCCCAGCUUUUGGAAAGGGUUUGUUUUUCAAUUGGUGCGUCCGAAAUGCGUAAGGUUCUCUGGUCGGACUCGACCAUCACCUUGAACUGGAUCUCUUCUUGUUCUCGUCGCUGGACCACGUUCGUCUCUAAUCGUGUCGGCGAGAUUCAGCGCUUGACGGAUGUCGCAGACUGGCGCCAUGUGCUUACCGGCGAAAACCCAGCGGACUUAAUAUCUCGCGGGGUUGAGCCGUCCGCGUUAAUGUCGUCUUCUCUUUGGUGGCAUGGUCCGGACUACCUUCUGGAAGGGGAGGCUCUGUGGCCAAAUUUUGACUUCGCGAAGUCCGCGGACGACUUGCGUGAUCAACGAAGGGUUGUUCUCGUCGCCGCUUCACCUAGGGAGUUGACUUUCCAUGAACCAAUUCACAGGUUCUCGCACAUCGACAAGGUGGCUCGAAUCGCGGCGUAUUGCAUGAGAUUCAUCAGAUGCCUCAAACUCAAGGUCAGGGGAGACUCGACUUUCCUUGGCCCCGGCGAGGUCUCGAACGGUUUGCACACGUUGUGCGGUGACGUUCAGCGCUCCACUUUUCCGGACGAGAUUCGUCAGCUGACGGGAGCGCAGGGCAUUGACCCGCGCAGUCGGCUGCUUGCAUUAUCUCCAUUCUUGGACGACGAUGGGUUGCUGCGCGUGGGAGGCAGGCUCAAAAAAUCCUAUACCACUCGCCACCCGAUAUUGCUGCCGAAGCGCCACCGUCUCACCGAUCUGAUAAUCAGACAUGAGCAUGUUCGUAAUUUGCACGCGGGGGUGCAGGCAACCAUAGCCGCCGUAAGGCAACGAUUUUGGCCGUUGUCGGUGCGAUCCACGACGCGUCGAAUUGUCCGCGAUUGUGUCGCGUGUUUUAAGGCGAAUCCAUCGAUUUCUGAGGCCACCAUGGGAGAGCUGCCGGCCAAGCGCGUUGAGCCUUCGCGACCGUUUGCUCAUUGCGGUGUGGAUUACGCCGGUCCAAUAUAUAUUCGCGAGGGUAGAAGGCGUAAUGCUCGCCAUGUCAAGGCUUAUAUAGCCGUAUUCGUGUGCUUUGCCGUGAAGGCGGUGCACCUCGAGCUCAUCGGAGACCUCACUUCUGAAGCCUUUCUCGGGGCAUUUAAACGUUUUAUUGCGCGUCGUGGCAAGGUUGUCACGAUACAUUCCGACAAUGGCACGACUUUCGUUGGAGCAAAUCGUCUGUUGAACGAGCUAUACGAAUUUUAUAACAGCGAACCAUUGCGUGCAAAAUUGCGUGAUUUUUUUCGCGACUCCAAUGUAGAAUGGGGCUUCAUACCUCCGAACGCGCCGCACUUUGGCGGGCUGUGGGAGUCGGCCGUGAAAUCUGCUAAACACCACAUGUAUCGCGUCAUCGGCAAUGCGCACCUAACAUUCGAAGAAAUGCAAACGUUACUUUGCGAAAUCGAGGCAAUCCUAAACUCGCGACCUCUCACACCGUUAUCCGAGGAUCCUAACGAUUUUUCAUAUCUUACUCCGGGUCAUUUUCUCGUUGGUGAAGCGUUAAACAGUUUUCCUCAGCCUGAUCUGGGCGACGUACAAGAGAAUCGCUUGUCACGAUGGCAACGAAUCGAGCAGCUUCGACAACACUUUUGGCAGCGCUGGACGCGGAAGUAUCUUACUAACCUCCAGGAGCGACACAAAUGGAAAAUUCCUAAGGGUGACCAGUUGAAGACAGGUCAGCUGGUACUCAUCAAGCAACCUGGCUUGGCUCCGCUGCAAUGGCUGAUGGGACGUGUGCAGCAAAUACAUCCCAGAGCUGACGGAAUCGCUCGCACAGCAACGGUGCGAACGACUGGAGGAGAGCUCGUGCGCUCCUUGGCGAGACUCGCAAUAUUGCCGAUCGAGGCUUAA